UCUGUUUCCAGUCAGCUGCCAAAACUCACCUCCUCAAACUCGAGCGUAUCCAAUACCGUUGUCUUCGCAUCGCUUUGGGCUGUAUGCCCUCAACGCACAACAUGAGUCUUGAAGUUUUGGCAGGAAUACUCCCUUUGAAAGAUCGAUUCAAUCUACUAUCACUUCGGUUCCUCAUCAGGUGUGAGGUCAUGAACCCACUGGUGAUUGUAAAUUUUGACAGGCUACUUGAGCAAAAUUUUCAAACCAGGUUUAUGUCUAUAUACCAUGUCCUCAUGUCAAUGCAGGUAAACCCUUCUUCAUUCUCUCCAACUCGUGUUUGUAGCCCAGACUACGAUCAUUCUUCUGUCCAGUUUGAUUUGUCUAUGCAGCAGGAAAUUUGUGGAAUCCCGGUCCCUCAUCGUUCCCUUCUGAUUCCAAGAAUUUUCGAAGCUAAAUAUAGACACGUCGAUGCUGAUAAAAUGUACUUUACUGAUGGAUCACUUAUAGAGGAAUCAACAGGAUUUGGAGUGUUCAACGAAAUAUCUAGCGCCUCUUACAGCCUCGAGUCACCAUGCUCUGUGUAUAUAGCAGAGUUAGCAGCUAUUCAUUGUGCUUUGGACAGUAUAGCUUCAAGGCCAGUUGGGCACUACUUUAUUGUAACGGAUAGUCUGAGUUCUGUUCAAGCAAUCCACUCAAUAAAACCGGGAAAGCACUCGCCAUACUUCUUCGAGAAGAUACGGGAUAGUUUGAGUGCUUUAUCAAAACGUCGCUUUAUCAUCACCUUUGUUUGGGUUCCCUCUCAUUGCUCGAUAGAGGGUAAUGAGAAGGCAGACUCUCUGGCAAAGGUGGGGGCGAUGGAAGGCGACACGUACCAGCGUGAAAUUGCCUUCAACGAAUUUUACUUUUUAGUUCGAAGAAACUCUCUUGUCAACUGGCAGCGCAAAUGGGACGAGGAUGAGUUGGGUCGGUGGCUGCACUCGAUUAUCCCAAGGCAAUUUGUGUAGUUGCGGCCAAGGUUACCAUGACAUCGAGCAUAUUGUUUGGUCGUGCGAGGUCCAUCUUGUCGCCAGAACGAAUUUCAUAGACUCCCUUCGGGCCCGAGGAAAACCACCCUAUGUUCCAGUGAGAGAUGUGCUGGGGGUGAGAGACUUGGACUACAUGUUCGAAAUAUAUCUUUUCCUAAAAGCUAUUGAUCUUCGUCUUUAAUUUCUUCUUAUUUUCAUAUUUCCCUAUCUAUCUUCUUUUUUCUUUUAAAGUGAACUAGAUAUAAGCACACAAUUGUUAUCAAACAAAACGAGUUUGGCUCCUUAAAGCCUAAAGGUAUGAGCCGUUUCAAAUAAAGAAUUUACAAAAAAAAAAAAAAAAGUUGUACUCACCUUAAUUAUUUCGUCAACUGUCCCGAUCAUUGCAUCCAAACAAUCAACACUGGUUUUUGGAGCUCUCUGAGUUGUUUUCAUCUAUUUUGUUCGAAAACGUACACUCAGAAAAAUCCACACUUAGGAGGUAUAUUUCCCCACACAUACGACUUCAAAAUCGCUCU